AUGAGCGUAAACGGCAAUGGCUCCGAGCCUGCCACAAACGGCACUAGUGGCGGUGGCGCACCACGAAAGGCCUAUGUGCCUCCUCAUAUGCGAUCAUCUGGUGGCAUGUCCACCAAUGCAGCGCCAUUCGCUCCUCGUGGUCCAGCACCAAAUGGCUCUGACGGCGCUCCAGCCCCUGCCCCAGCAGCAUUCCAGUCUCGCUCUGGUCCACCCCCACCUCACUUCGGCGCCAGCUCAGCCUUUGGUUCAGCACCCAGGGGCGGCGGCCUAGGCAACCGGGCCGGAGGUGGCGGCUGGGAUGCUCCCUAUUCGUCAGGCGGUGGCGCUCGCGCAGGAUCAGGCCCUUCCGGUGGGAGCGGUGGAUAUGGAUUCGGAGCUUGGAAGGAUGGCGUCCAUGUGCCCGGCCCUCACAAUGCUCGCAUGCAGAAGGAGCUCUUCGGUGAGGAGGAUGCCAAGUCCAACACCGGCAUCAACUUCGACAAGUACGGAGACAUCCCCGUCGAGGUCAGCGGCAACGACACCCCCGAGGCCGUCACCGAAUUCAAGUCCCCUCCUAUCGACCCUCACCUGCUGGAGAACAUCAAGCUCGCCAAAUAUACCACCCCUACCCCCGUUCAGAGGUACUCCAUUCCCAUCGUGGCCCUCGGACGUGACUUGAUGGGUUGCGCUCAGACCGGCUCUGGAAAGACCGGUGGAUUCCUGUUCCCCAUCCUCUCCGCCCUUUUCACUCACGGACCCCCUCCUCCUCCUGCUGAGAUGGCAAACGGUGGCUUCGGUCGCAGGAAGGCCUUCCCCACUGCGCUUAUCCUUGCUCCUACUCGAGAGCUAGUAUCUCAGAUUCAUGACGAGGCCCGCAAGUUCACAUAUCGCUCUUGGGUCAAGCCUGCCGUCGUCUACGGAGGUGCAGAGAUCGGCCAGCAACUGAGGCAAAUUGAGCGAGGCUGUGACCUCCUCUCGGCUACACCCGGACGUCUUGUCGAUCUCAUCGAGCGAGGCCGAAUCAGUCUGGCCAACGUGCGAUUCCUUGUUCUCGAUGAGGCAGACCGAAUGCUCGACAUGGGUUUCGAGCCCCAGAUCCGCCGAAUUGUUGAGGGCGAAGACAUGCCCGGCGUAAUGGACCGCCAGACGCUCAUGUUCUCGGCCACCUUCCCUCGCGACAUUCAGAUGCUUGCUCGUGACUUCCUCAAGGAGUAUCUCUUCCUCUCGGUUGGUCGUGUUGGAUCUACCAGUGAGAACAUCACGCAGAAGGUAGAGUACGUUGAAGACUCAGACAAGCAGUCCGUUUUGCUCGACGUCAUCGCCUCCAUGCCCCAGGGAGGUCUCACUCUUAUCUUCGUCGAGACGAAGCGCAUGGCCGACAUGCUCUCUGACUUCCUGCUCCGCUCCAACAUUGGUGCUACCUCCAUCCACGGAGACAGGACUCAACGCGAGCGAGAGCGUGCUCUUGAGCUCUUCCGCGGCGGCCGAACUCCGAUCAUGGUUGCUACUGCCGUCGCUGCCCGAGGUCUCGACAUUCCCAACGUCACUCAUGUCAUCAACUACGAUCUGCCUUCUGACAUCGACGAUUAUGUUCACCGAAUCGGUAGGACAGGUCGAGCAGGUAACACUGGACAUGCCACUGCAUUCUUCAACCGUGGCAACCGCAACAUCGUCCGAGAGCUCGUCGACCUUCUCAAGGAGGCGAACCAAGAGAUCCCGACUUGGCUCGAAGCUGUAGCCCGCGAAUCGGCCUUUGGCGGUGGUUCCUCCAGGGGAGGCCGCGGUGGAAGCAGGGGAGGACGUGGCCGUGGGGGCUCGUCAGCUUUCGGUGGACGUGAUGCCCGAGCUGGAGGCGGUAUGGGAGGAGGCGCCUUCGGAGGUGCUCGAAGCGGUGGCUACGGCGGUGGCUACGGUGGUGGUGGUGGCUACGGCGCCUCGUCUGGCGGACCACCCAUGGGCGCUGUCGGCGGCAGCUACGGCGGCUCAUCUGCCCCUUCCUCAUGGUGGUAA